CGGGUGUUGCGUGCGGCAGGGAGGAGCGCGCGGUCGCCGGUCGUCCUUGGCCGCGCUACCCCGUGCCCGCUCGGCCACAUCGGGAGCUCCCUCGCCUCCGCCGCCUCCUCCUCUCCCUCUUCCCUUCCCCGGGCAGGCACGCGCUCUGUCCCCGCCGCUCCCUUGGUAGCGGCGAACCGGCCGCGUGUCACGCUAUUCCUGCGGGACUGCGCGGUGCCCCUCACAGCACCGCCCCACCGGGGGCAGCGGCGCGAGCGGCAGCGGCCCACCUUAACGGUGGCACCGGGGGAGAAGGGUGGGGGUGCCGCGCGCCCGCGACGGCGCUCCGCGUGACGCCACCGCUAGAGAAGGCGCCGAUUGGCCCGCGCGGCGCGGUGCUACACGUGGCGGCCCGCCAUUGGGCGGCGAUGGGCGAACGGCGGGGCGGCGGGGCCGAGGGCGAGCGGCGGCGGGGCGGCCUGCGGCGGUACCGCUUCGCCGAGGGGCCGGCGGCGCUGGCGCUGCGCGUCCCCGAGGUGCUGGACUCGCAGUACGGCACGCACGUGUGGCCCUGCGCCGUGGUGCUGGCCCAGUACCUCUGGGCCCACCGGCGGAACCUGCCCGGGAAGCGAGUGCUGGAGGUGGGCGCGGGCACCGGCCUCCCCGGCCUGGUGGCCGCCAAGUGCGGGGCGGCGGUGACCCUGUCUGACAGCGAGGAGCGGCCCCGGUGCCUGUGGAACUGCCGGCGGAGCUGCCAGCUGAACGGCCUGCCCCACCUACCGGUCCUGGGCCUCACCUGGGGGCGGGCAGCCCCGCAGCUGCUCUCGCUGCCCCCGGUAGACAUCAUCCUGGGAUCGGAUGUCUUUUUUGACCCAAAAGACUUUGAAGAUAUUUUAACUACAGUUUACUUCUUGCUGGAAAAGAAUCCACUCGCUCAGUUCUGGACGACUUAUCAAGUCCGAAGUGCUGACUGGUCGAUCGAAGCCCUGCUCUGCAAGUGGAAACUGAAGAGCAUCCGCAUCCCCUUACACUCCUUCGGAGCAGACAAAGAGCACCUGGCCAGCUCCUCUCUGCCGGGAAGGCACACAAUUGAAAUGAUGAUCAUCUCACUAGCACGGUCGGAUGGUACUUAAGUUUAUUCCACUUGUUGGCUCCGAUACAAGAUGGUACUUAGUUGUUCACUGUAGCAUGGACCUGCAGGAAACAGCCCUGCUUACAGCAAACCUCAGGCCUAGUUUUUGGGAAGUAGAUCCCCUGAACUGACUCUUAAAACAUGCACUGUAAAAAUAAAGUUGUUCAGUUGUUUA